AUGCAGACAGUCCCCAGUCUUAUCGGUACUGGCACUGCUGUUGCCGCAGCUGCGACGGGCGUUGUAUUCGGUCAACUCGUCGAAGGACAAAUUCCUCCGCCGCCCCCUCAUACGACACCGAUUAGAAAUAAUUACGCGAUUGCUGAAGCAGAGCUGAACAUAAGCGCAUAUUCAUCGCGACCCGGCACCAGAGACUCGGCCGCCGCUGUCGCAGACAUCUUUAGUCCACCCCUCUCAGCCCAGUUCGAGAAUACAACAAAUCCCACGCGCAUGCCCCGUCGCAUGUCACAAACGCAGAUCACAUCGCCAAAGGCCUCAAAUUGGCGAUAUACAUCUGCGAAGCAAGGCGACGUGAAUGUUGUGCCUACUGCCGAGGACGUGCGCAACUCUUCCUCUUCGAAUGGCUCGUGGAUGAGAAGGCUUUCGAUCCGUCCAAUAUCGCAGCACGAGAGCCUGCAAUCCAGUAUUGGUCCCGACUCCCAGUCCAUGUUCUCGCAUGGUUCAGCGGCACCAAUUUUGUCACCAAACAGUAUCACAGCACCUCAGCUGCCGCCUAAUAAGCUCGUCAAAAGGUCGUCUACAGCAAAUGGUACAAACCCAGGUUUACUAGAUCGGCGGAGCGCAAGGUCACAGAUGCCAACGUUACGGCGGCCAGCAACAAGUCAUCAGAGAUCUGCAACACUUCAUCAACUAACCGUGGAGGCUGUUCAACCUGCCUCCAAGCUCCCGUCGGAGCAACCACAACAAACGAGACCAAGAGCGAAGACUUUGGCAGUACCAAAACUUGACUCUGGUGUUGAGAUAUCUACAAGCGAAGAACCUAGGUGGAAAUCAUUCUUCCAUUCCAGAAUUACCCGGCCAACCAUCAAGUCGUCUACUAAGAAAAGCGACGCCAGUGCUAAGCUGGGUGCCAAGCGGCUGUGUGUAGAACAAACGGGAUACGAAAGAGCGUACCUGAUUACGCCUAGAGCUGUCAUGACAAUGCCGGUUGACGAUGAGGCCUACGAUGGCAGCCUGGAGGCAGAUACGAGUGCAAAUGCACAGGAGAGUCCUCAGGGCUCCAACAAGACCGAUUCCCCUCUCAGUGGCACGCCUUCCAGGACACCGAAACGGUCUCUCUCGAUACAAUUGGGUUCAUCAUCAAAUUGGAUGCCAAGAAAUGGAAGCAUUCGCCGACGGAAACGCGGGGCCAAGACUGAAGCAACAGUCACAGACCAGCGUCACACAUCGGAUCCCGUGCCCGUGACCUCGAAUGCUGCCCCAGAUGAAACAGGUACGGGGGUUGUGAAUCUGUCUAGCACAUCAAGUAAGGUUGAGACAGAUUUGACAGCCAUUUUUCAACCACCCCACAGCAGGAAGAACACACCAUCCCCUCUGCCGCCACUAUCUAGACUUUCUAGCUUCCAUGUUGAUCUGAACCGUCUUGGCUCUUCCAACGGUCAUGCCAAGUCAGAUGACUUGGCCAAUGCAAGUCUCGCUCCAACAAACAAUGCAAGAGUUAACUCUAAUGCAUCCCACGCUCGUACCUCAACUGUUGGCAGCUCGGAGUACCACCGAGGAUUUAUGUCUGGGGAGGAUGACGACACAACAGACACCCCUUUUGAUUCUUUCCGCACUUCAAUUUCAGCACGUCGAAAAACUCUGGAUUCGCCCGUAGAAUCCAUGUUUGACGAGUCGCCACCGAGUACGUCAGGGAUUUCCAAACAACCAAAGCGCCUUUCCAUUCAAGAGAUACUUGGGCCGUCAUUCGAUGGGGGCAACAAGAUUAUGGAAGAGGACGAAGGACUACCUACGCCUGUCCGUAGGGCUUACGGGGAGACAGAAGCCGCUUAUCGACUCGCCAAUUUCCACGAUGAUGAAGAGUCUCAGUACCCAGUCGGUCAAUCGAGCCUCUCGUGGGCAAAUCGGGACCUUGGACGGCUAUCUCUAGAUGACGACGAUGAUUUGGACUGGACGAAAGAUGACCACGACGGAGUUUACAACCAUCUAUCGCCUCCAAGCUCCAUGAAUUCUAGAAGAGGGAGCCCACAUCCUAGAACAGCGCUUACUUUGAACAACGGAAACAGCGCCCAGGAUUCCUACGACGAAAGUCCCUACGAGCGGCCUAGAAGCAAUAUCUGGGAUUGGCAAGAGCCUGUGUCUCUCGAUAAGUACGAGGGCGUUGGUCUCCGACCCAAGACGGUUCACGGCAAACAGGAGCUGGACAUGCGUGGUGGACGAACAGCAAGCCGAAGAGGCCCUGUACCAGUGCACAUACGGAGCCAGAGCGUUCCCGUUGUUCCCGAGCCUAUUGACAGUUCUAUCUCAACCAAGUUUCGCACAUGGGGCAAGAACGUUAGUGAGGAAUGGGACGAAGAUUUCGAGUUCGACGAAGCCCUUACUCCUGGCCUUGAAACGGACAAAAAGGCAGCAAAUCGUCUGUCAGUUAUCCGGGUGCCGUCCACAAUUCAAGCAAACCAGCCAACCGUCAAGGCACAUUCUGGUCAGAUACGUGAAUUGUCACUCCUGGUCAAUGACCUGAAGCGAUUAUGUCGCUUAGGUCGUGACAUGAAUAUGAUGAGUGGCUCUUCGCUGGAGCUGUGGCAUGAUGCAGAAGGCAUCAUUGCUCUGUGCGACGAUGGCCCCGGCAACGAUCCAUCUGGCGCCUCGCCACAAACUCCAGACUCAGACUUGAGUGACCUAGACUCGGGGCUAAGUGAUCUGGAUCUGGACCUCAGCGAUGAGCGCUUUGUGGACGAGGGCUUUGACGGCUCUGUUUUGGAUCUUGCAGAAGGCCUGGGUAAAGUCACUGGGCAAAUGAAGACAGCAGUAGUGAAAGAACGCCCUCAGAACAGACGCCGCUCUGUGUUCUCACCUGAGGACGAUAUCUUUGGCGGUUGGCUGCAAACUGACAAUAAUGCGCCCUCGGAACACCCGAUCACGCCCUAUGGAGAGCCCGUGCGUACUCGUCCCAAACCUGUAACCUUCGAUUCUCUGGUGGAGUCUAUGCAUCUGUGGAAGAAACAGCCGACAGAAAUCGACGAUGAGGCUGGAACUGUCAAUGGAGACGUCGAUGAACAAGUCAAGCAGAAGACCAAAAAGGCGGCCAAUAGCAAGGACAAGCAAGGCGAAAAGAAGACCCACUACUUUGACACCACUAGCUUAAGGGAUCUGGUUAAGCGUGCCGGCGAAUUGAGGGAUUCUCUCUCAGAUCUGGUCCGCAAGGAAGAUCACAUUACGAGCAGUCCGAUUCGGACUCCACGACGCGACAAGGUUAGAAACGAGGACGGAAGUCCUGCUUUCACGAGAGUAUUUGAGGAACCCUCGUCAACACCUUCGCGCCCGCUUCCUCACAGCCGGAGCACCAACUCAAUCCUCACAACUAGUUCGAUGACUAGCUCGCCAUCUACUGGAAUGAACCGGCGCAUUCAGAUGAUGACUGCGGCCCACUGA